AUUGUAAUCAUUAUGCUUCUUCACAGAGAAGAUGAACAACUCUCUGCUUGCUGCUAUCUUUUUAUUUGCAACAGAUUCCUGCAGCUCUAUGACCCAGGGUUUCCCAUUCUGCCAGCAGCUCCCAGAUUGGGACAAUGAGUUGGUAUGCUACAAAGAAUUAAGUGAGGAUCUAACCUGUACCUGGCUGCCAGUACCCAGUGCUCCGAAUACAAUUAAUUAUACCAUCUUCUUAAAAUGGGACAGAAUACCAAAACUUUUUCAACGAAACACGUCAUCAUCUUCCAUCACGAUAGAACGAAAGAAUCUCUACAUGAAGCGAUCUGCGUCAAUCUGGAUAGCAGUCAAUUAUGCCCAUGACAGCUGUGUGAAAGGAAAGAAGAUCUCAGUUACACUGAGCAAAGCAGGGAAGUGCUUGACACCAUCAAACAUAAAUGCUCAUCAGGUCACAAACCAACUGAUAGUAAAGUGGGACCUGCCUGCAACUCCUACAGUGUAUGAGCUGAGGUACAGAGAGGCAGUCGCAGAAUCCACUCGGUGGACGCUGGUGCCUGUCAAAAGCAGUGCUGUCAAUGUCACCAUUUGGAAUUUAAAUGCUAUGUCUUCAUACAUUGUUCAGCUUAGAUGCAUAGCCAAGGAUGAUCUCUACUGUGUUUGCGUUUGGAGUAAAGAGAUUUUGGUCCCUCACAAACUCAUGAACAAGCCAAGAAUAUCAUACAAUGCAACUACAGAAAUUGCUCCAGGCAGAAGAAGUGUUCUUCUGAAGUGGGAGGUAACACAAAGCGAGAAUAUCCUUGGAUAUUACAUUAAUGUGGAAAGAAUACCCAACAGCUGCAGUGAUUCACCAAAUCGCAUCUUUCUAAAGGACAGAGAAGUUCUUGUAAAUAUUUCUAUGGCUUAUUACAGAGUUAGUAUUUCUGCCUAUAAUCAAGCAGGAGAAUCUCCUCAAGCCAUCUACAUUGUCCCAGACUUCUGUACAACAGACAUGCCUGGCCAAAUGCACGUCAAACACCAGGGAACUAGUGCAGUUGUCACCUGGACUCCAGAAUACAAUCCAAAAUGUUUUGUGGUUGACUGGGGCACGGGUAAAGAGGAUAUGCGCAUGAAAAUAGUAACUACAGCUACUGGAAAUUUCACACUAGACAAUUUUCAGCCAUUUAAGUUGUACAAAAUAAUGGUACACGCAUCGGAUGUGUGUCAGUGUGAAAGUUUCACAGGACAUGAAAAGACUUUUGGAGUGACCCAUUUUUACUCAGUUGAAGGAGUUCCUAGGACAGGUCCUGCUAAUGUGACAAUCCUGAAUAUCACAAAGCAUUCUGCACUUGUGAAGUGGACCCAAAUAGCUGCUGAAGAUUGUUUGGGCUUUCUCCAGGGAUACAGGAUCAGCUACACAGACACAUCUAGGAAAAAGUCUCUGGUUGUUACUCUCAAUUCUUCUACCACAAGCUACCAUCUUACCAGACUGAAGGAAAAAACCAGUUACCGUGUGCAGAUUUCAGGAUUCACUAAUGUGGGUGAAGGACCUCCGACUCAUUCACAACCUUUCAGCACUCCAAAAUAUGAUAAAGGAGAAUUUGAAGGUUUUGUGACUGGCCUUUGCUUCAGCACAAUAUUCAUUCUGGUUUUUGCACCUCUCACUUGUUCUCUGCUGCUUAAAAGGCUGAAAAUAUCAUGCUGGCCCAGUGUACCAAGUCCAAAAAACAGCAGUGCACUCCAAAAUAUGAUUAAUUGGAAACCUGUUUCAAGGUCACUGCUUCAGGCCCUGUCAGACAAUGUUAACACCAGUCUUUAUGUCAUCGAGCAUGAGACAAAGGCUUCUUUGAAGUUAGACCUCUUUACAGAUGGUGGAGAAGACAGCAAAUGUAACACUGACCAGUCAGAAGAACCUAGCAAUAACUUAGACAUAAGCCUAAAGCAGAAAGAAAUCCCUGAAGAAGUAGUAACAAGUGAAAAAGAAGGAAUCAUUUCCAUUACCGUACCACUCUUGAGUGACUACACUAGCAUGGAGAUCAGCCAAAAAGCCUUGAUGAGCCUGACAGUGAAACUGCCUGCAAGAGUUGUUCAUCCUCAUCUGAAAAUGGAGCUAAGCAGUAAGCCAGCACAAACUGAGCAUGAGCGUUUGUUUGCUCCCCAAGACUACCUCAAGCAAAACCAGCUGGUACUCUUGACAUCUGGACCAAAUUUCAUGGGACAAGUCAAUUCAAACUGAAGCCGUAAUUUCUUCAUAUUUUUUUCAAAUUUCAAAAUAUAAUUUCCCAUACUGUAAAAUCCAGUUCCAAAACCUCUAAUGCUUAAAUGAAGCCAUUAGGACCAUGUAGUGUUACUGUAAAAAUUGGCCAGAGAAAUUCUCUAAGACUCAAUUUGGAGUUUAGAGAGCAGCAUUCUUCAUUGCAGCACUGGGUGCACAUGCAAAUUGUUUUGCAAAGGUGAAUGCCCCCAUUACUUGCCGGCAGCAGCUGUAUAUUUAGCAUAUUCAUGCAUACUAACAAAUUUUCCAUGAGAUUAUUUACAUAUUCAUGCUAUUUCCAUGAAUUAAUUAUAAUAUUUGCAUCCUAAUUACAUGUGCUCUUUCUUGCUGAGUGGGGGUCUCUGAUGGCUGCUCACUGUGUUUACUGAAUGACCUCAGUCCUUGCUCAUGUUUGCAAGGUCCCAGUGCUGAGUUAGCAGCUGGUAUGUCUUUGCUUCUGUUCUGCUCCAUGUUGGAUGCCACUCUGCUAUCUUGAAAGCUGGCAUCCUCGGUCUUGUUUAUU